AUGGCCACCGGGAACUCUAUCUACGAUAUAAAGGGGGGGUUUCUUUCAUCCCAACUGCGGGUUUUAAAUGGUGCCCUCAACCCGAAGCCGAAUUGGCAAGACAGGCUGCCGGAAGGGGAGCAUGGUGACCUUUCCGAGGGAGUUUUGAAUCAAGUUUUAUACAAACGUAGGUUCCACCGUUUACCCUUGGCGCUCCCUCUGUCGCGGAGUCCACGAGAACCCGAAUGCUGGCUAAUACAUGAGGCCUUCAGUGAACGUUGUCGCUAAGAGGCAUCAGAAACUUGUCUACAGUUCACAGGCCUUGAGGCAUGUUGCUGAACAGAUUGACGAUUUGUACCAGAAAAAAGACGACGACGUGGAGGGUAUCACACAGGAAGACGAUGUCCUGAGGAGGGGAGCGAAUCUUAAGGAUCCUCAGUAAGUAGUCGACUCCGCCCAUAAGAUUCAGGUUUAUAUAGCAUCGCUAAUCCGCCCUGUAGAAGUAUCGAUCUUCUCCCGGAAAGCUACCCGGCAGAGGGAGGGGAUAGUGAAGAGGACUUGGAAGAGUAUGCAUACCGGAACCUGGAGUUUACAGCAGAGCGUAGCUAACCAGGACAAGGUAUCAAACCUUAAGGGCGAAGCUAGCCAAUCACUCAGCUGCGCUUCAGGCCCAGCGUCAAAGGCAUGCGUAUUACUCCCAACUAAAGUCCUUGGUAGCGCCUUUUGCGGACCCCCAGCGGUCGGUGCAGCCAAAUCUUGUCACCAAGGAUGGCCCGUUAGCAGCAGAGUUGGAGCGAACCAGGCUUCUCGCCGCUAAGCUGGCAUAUCAGAUCGAGAAGUCUAAAUUUCCGGACACGGACCGAAUGGAUGAGGACGAUGAUGAAAUGGAGGAAAGCGUGGAGGAUCAGCUAAGGAAGAUACUUGAGCUAGCAAGCUAA